AUGGUAGAGGGCUUGGGUAAAGCUAGCAUCAAUCUUCCUUUAAGCGUAUCCAUGCAAAAGGCUGAAAAACAAGUAAUUAACAGAGAAAUCGAACGGAGGCGAGAAAUGCGCCAACUUUAUGCUUCACUUACAAGUAUACUUCCUAUUGAACUCGUAAAGCGAAAACGUUCCGUACCAGCUCAUCUGUUGUCAACAGUGCAUUACAUCAAAGAAAAGCAGGAAAAUAUUAAGGAAAUGAGUACAAAGAGAGAUCGGCUCAAGAAACUUUUUGACACUAAUGAAAGUUUAGUGAAUCACUUAUCCAAUACUGUCUCAGUGAAGUUCUGCAAUGGGAUGGUCGAUAUUGUCAUAAAUAGUUGCUUAGAGGAAGGUUUUGCCUUUUCACAAGUACUAGAUGCAAUUAUCAAAGAAGGGAUUAACAUAGAAAGCUGCACCUCCACCAAAAUAAAUAAUCGGUUACUUCACUCUAUCCAUUCUGAGGUAAGUGAGAAGGCAUUGAUUGAUCCAUCAAUGUUGCAACGAAGACUAGUCUUGGUAGCCAAUACUUGGUCAAAUGUCAUUUAA